AUGGUGAUGAUGAUGAUGAUGUCCCUCCUACAGGAGAGUAUGGUUGGAAAGGCAGAAACCAUCUCGGAGGGGAAGAGGAAGGCUCGCAGUAUGAAGGAGAUGUUGCAGGAGGCCCUAAAACUCACACAGAAACUGAGAUUCCUAGUGGAAGAGCCCCAGCAUACCAUCCCAGAUGUGUUUGUGUGGAUGCUGAGUAACAACAAGCGUGUGGCGUAUGCCCGCAUCUCUGCCCGUGACCUGAUCUACUCUGCCAGCCCUGAGGAGAGAGGCAAAGACUGUGGCAAGAUCCAGACUUUAUUCUUGAAGCCACCAGGGAAGCGUGUAGCAGGCUGGUCAAUUCAGGCCAAACUGGACGUGUACCUGUGGCUGGGCAGCUCCAGAGACUCCUCUCAUAUGCUGGAUAACCUGCCUGGAGGGUUUGAGCCCAAUGGGGGCGCCACUGAGGAGCAGCUUCUACCUGGCAACCUACCUGUACAUCUGGAAUAUAGAGACGAGCACAAGUUCCAGAUGCGCGCCCACAUGUACCAGGUCGAGGCUGAUAGCAGCAGACACUACAGGACUCUCAGACCCUUCGCCAGAGUCACCUUCUGA